AAUGCAAGAUGUUUAUGGCAUAAAAUCGGUUCUACCAGAGCAUCAAGUUAAUGUGAAGGACGGUACAAAACUGGAGUCAAAAUGCGAAGUCUUCAUAGAAAACUUGAGUUUGAUAUAAAAAGUGUCAAGAGAAAAUCUCCACCAGUGCUCGCUGGAUUCACAAGUUUAAUAAUGGGCAAAUUUCUAGAACGAGUCACAGCAACAGCAACAAAUCAUACUUGCAUGAUCAUCGAUCCACACAAUUCAGCAGCAAGUGAGUACAUAGCGGAAUUUUCGAAACCUGGCGAUAAAGUCAAGAUACUUCCUGUACCAUUCAAACGACCAACAACAGAAGAAUUGAAGAACCAAACGACAAAAUCGGUCUUUGAUCUGAAUACAUUGAACCCAGAUUCAUACGUGGUAUGA